AGGGAAGAUUACUUAAUAAAAUAACAUUUCAUUUGAAAUAAAAAUGCGUUAUCCAAUGACAAAUAAACACUCGUCUCCGUCAGGUUCACCGCGGAAGAGGUUAUUUUCAGCAAAAAGAGUGGGAAGUAAGGAAUAGCAAUAACAGAAAUGCAAAGCUACUGCAUCUAUAAAGACUGGAUCGUCAAUCGAAACAUUAAAGGAAGUCCUGAUGAAACAAACACAAAUGAGUAAUAAGCAUACAAACAACUUGAAUUAUUUUGUUCACAAUAACAAAAGGGAGAGUUAAAACAAAUUGGAUACAAAAACAAGUGAUUCUACAGAACGAGUAAAUAUACGACAGGGUACUUUGUCCAAAGAAAAAACAACCAUUUCGGAAUUGACAACAAAAAAAACAAGUAUAACUAAAAGUGAGUUUGAAUGGAAUAAAUGUUAAUUGCCACUGACACCCUAAGUUUGUUUGGCAAAAUACGGAUACGCAUUGACAGAGUUUGAGAAGACUGAGAUUCUGACAUUCAAGAGAGUAUGAUUUGUUAUGUAUGAUUAGAUUUAUUGUAUAGGAAUUAAUGCCAAAAAAAUAUAGUAAUCCCAAAGUAAUUUCAAUGAUGGAUUCGACAAUGCCUAAGGAGAAUACCUAUACGCAUUGCAUGAUCACAUAGGUUAUAGAUACGAAUUGUUGGAACAUGUAGGUUCUGGUAGCUUUGGACAGGCAUUCAAAGUCUUUGACCAUAAGAGACAGUAAGUUCUCUGUCUAAAAGUCAUCAGAAAUCAAAAGAAGUUCUAGAACUAGGCCCUUGUGGAAUUAAACAUCUUGUCUUUUAUCAGAGACAAAGAUGAGGAAAACAUUACCAACAUAGUCAAAAUCAAGGACUUUGUGAUCUUCAGAAAUCACGUGGUAAGAACUAUUAAUCUACAUAUUUAUAGUGUAUCAUUUGCGAACUCUUGUCACUUAAUUUGUACGAACUCAUUAAAAACAAUAAUUACCAGGGGUUAUCACUAGAACUUAUUCGUAGAUUUGCCAUUUAAAUACUCAAUGCCCUCAAUUUUCUGUACAAACAUAAGAUUAUUCAUUGCGAUCUCAAACCAGAGAAUAUACUAUUAAAAUAACCCAACAAGAGUGGAAUCAAGAUUAUUGAUUUUGGCAGCAGUUGCUUUGAAAAUGAAAGAAUCUAUAGUUACAUCUAAUCCAGAUAUUACAGAGCUCCUGAAGUCAUUUUUGGCAUUCCAUAUGAUAUGGGAAUAGACAUGUGGAGUUUUGGAUGUAUUAUGGCUGAAUUGUACAUUGGUUAUCCUAUCUUUCCUGGUGAGAAUGAAUAGGAAUAAAUUGCUUAUAUUAUGGAAGUGAAGGGACUCCCUGAUCAAACCCUAAUUGAGGUAUAAUCUAUUAUUAAAUAUGUCUUAGAAAGCCUCCAGAAAGAAACACUUUUUCACGACUAGCACUCCUUAUUAACCAUUGCCCUAUAAGAACAAGAGAGGAAAAAUUAGAGUUCCAAAAUCAAAAGACUUGAAGUAGAUCUUGAAAUGUCAAGACCAAUUGUUUAUUGAUUUUCUAGAUAAUUGCUUUAAUUGGGAUCCUUAAAAAAGAAUGAAACCCAUUGAUGCCUUGAUGCACUAAUGGAUUUUGGAGGGAUUACCAAAAGAAAUUAGAACAUAACAUAUUAAAUAUUUGGAAUCAGAGUAGAUGACUUAAAAAGUAUUCUUCAAAAAUAAUGAAACUAAACGACAACAUCACAUCUCUGAACCAGAAAUGGAAAAGAAGAAAUCUAGUAGUAGUUAUAGUUAAAAAAAAUCUAAGGAAAAGGAUAUUAAUCUCACUCUCUAUGGGAAUAUCAAUAAUGAAACUACUCCAUAAAAUAAACGCAUUUUAUCGUAAUCAUUUCAUACAUCCAAAAAUGGAAGUAAUUAAAAGUAUUAACAAUAUUUUCCUGGCACAACCAAAAAUUAACCAUUAAAAUAUAAAUUUUAUUGA